GCGCCUGCUCUGCAAGCGCUGAAACCGCACCCAGACGGAGUUGCGCCGCUUCGCUCUGCACCAGGCGUGCGAAGGUGAUCCAGCCAAGAUGGCCGUCCUCUCUAAGGAAUAUGGUUUUGUGCUUCUCACUGGUGCUGCCAGCUUUGUGAUGGUACUUCACCUAGCCAUCAAUGUUGGCAAGGCCCGCAAGAAGUAUAAGGUGGAGUAUCCUGUCAUGUACAGCACUGACCCUGAAAACGGACACAUCUUCAACUGCAUUCAGCGGGCCCACCAGAACACGUUGGAAGUGUAUCCUCCGUUCCUGUUUUUUCUAGCUACUGGAGGUGUUUACCACCCACGCAUAGCUUCUGGCUUGGGCCUGGUCUGGAUUGUUGGGCGAGUUCUUUAUGCAUAUGGCUACUACACGGGAGACCCCCAAAAGCGGUAUCGAGGAUCUGUGGGGUCUCUUGCCCUCUUUGCCUUGAUGGGUACAACUCUGUGCUCUGCCUUCCAGCAUCUCGGCUGGGUUAAAGCUGGCCUUGGCCAGGGGCCCAAACACUGCCACUGAAGAGUUAGAAGAGUUUAAGAACUCUCAUUCAUUUUGAAUGACUUACCUUUAUUUCCAAUUACAUUCUUUUUCUAAGUAUAAUAAAAACUUAUCUGGCAUCAGCCUCAUACCUAA